AUGCCAAUUAAACGAAAAAUACGUAAUUUACCUAAUACGAACGAUCAAAUGUCAUUUUUUGAUCCUGUUUAUCCGAAUGACAAUAUUCAACAAAGUGAUAAUGAAAAUGAAAAUGAAAAUGAUUUAUUAGCUGAAAGUAUACCACGACCAACAUUUGGAAAAGGAAAUAAAGAUGAAUUAAAUGAGACAAAUGAUACUGAUACAAUAACUAAUAAUAAUCAAGAUCCACCGUCAGAAAUGAUUUCUGCAGCUAAAAUUAUGAAUCGUAUAAAACAAAUACAAAACUCAAUUGAACAAGCACAAACAAUGCUUGAAUCAAUGAAAAAAUUCAAAAAUUUAGUUCCGGAUAAUGAUGGACAAUAUGAAAAACUUCGUUCACUUAUUGCAAAUCUUCAAGAACAACAAGCUAGUUAUAUUAAUUUACUCAAUCUAAUUACGUUGACUGCUGAAGAACAAUCAACAGGCACGAAUAAAAAUUCUACAUCACAUCGUCAAACACAAAUGAAUACACAUGAUGAUGAUGAUAAUGAUAAUGAUUUAUCACUUCGACGUAAUGUUCAAUUAGCAGUUCGGCCACGUAUAGAAAGUAAAACAGGUUUUAUACCACAGACAAUAAAUUUAUCGGAUAAUGAACAAACAAAUCGUAAUGAUAAUUCGAAUUAUGAUUCACUUGUUGGAAGUCUUAAAAGUGAUACAAUUAAUUGGAAAGAUCAACAGUCUACUUCUAAUGAUGAAGAAAGUGACGGUGAAAAUGAAAAAGAAAUGGAAAAAAAUUUAAUGUUACAAAAAGAACAACUUCGUGCUUUACAAGGUCAAAAAAGAGCAUUAAUUGCCUUAAAACGACGUUCAGAACAACGUUUAAUCGAACAACAACAAUUAAUUAGUAAAAAAAGUACAAAUCUUAAAAAAACAAAUGAAGAAAAUAAUCUUUUAUCUGAUAUUGAUAAUAUACGUAAUCGUUUAAAAUUACUUCGAAAUGUGUAUGAACAAAAAUAUCAGGAUGAAAUUCAACAAGCAAAAAAUUCAUCAAAUAAAUCUCAAAAACAAACAGAAAAUCGUUUAAAAAAUCUCGAACAUGUUCGUGAACGAUUAGAUGAAUUAGAACAAAUUGUUACAUAUUAUCAAACAGAUUUAAAUAAUCAACAUGAUGAAGAUACUCCUAUUCAAUCAGAUGAUGCUCAGUAUUUAAAGACAUUUUCACAACAAAAAAGACAAACAUACAAUAAUGAUAAUGCUUCUAAACAAUUUUCUAAAGUAUCAAAUGACUUAGCUGCUAAACGAUUAGAGCUCGAACAAGCAAAGUCUGCUUUAACUCAACUUCAACAAAUGGUCAAAACAAUUCAACCAGAUGAAUAUUCUUCAUCUGCAAAUUCUACUCCAAUACAAAAAAAGCCUUCGUCGAAAAGGAAUAGUUUUGAACAUUCUACCAAUUCAAUCGACUGUACUCCAACUUCAUCUCAACAAAAUCAAACUGGAACACCUAUUGCCAAUAAAAGAUCAUCUCUCUUAUCAAAUAUUCUUUCGCCUCAACAAGUUCCACAACCUCUUCCAACAAUUAAUAAUUAUGUUGAUACUAAAAUGGCAGCACAACAUCGUGAAAUUGAGCAUUUAAUUGAAUCUCGACAACGUUUACAUACAAUAAAAGAUCAAAUUGCUUCAUUACAACAAACUAUGGAAACACCAUCAAUUCAACAAAAAAAAGAUUUCACAAAUGAAAUAAAAGUUGAUAAUGAUAAAUUAAAUGAUUCAAAAAAUAUUCGUCCAUCAUAUAGAUCUAAUCAACAAGAAUGUUUAAGUCAAGAUGAUGAUAAUGAACUAGAAUUAUGUAAUUUUGAAUGUGUAUCAGAUAAUGAAGAACAAACUGAUGAUGAUAACGAUAAUAAUAUUCAGAUGAAUUAUUAUUUUCCAUCUCAACAAAAUCAACCCCAUAUAAAACAAACUAAUCUUUGUGCAUCCGAAAAUGUAGUUACUAAACAUGAUCAACAAUCUGAUGAAUUAAGUGCACAAAUGCGUGAAAUAUGUCGUUGUUUAUCAACAUUCAUUGAGGAACAAAAAUCUUUUAAUCAUAAUAUUGAACAGCGUCUUACAAAUGUAACAAAGCCUGCAUUAUUGCAAACAAUUGAUCCAACAUUUAGCCAACUUCAACAACAAACUUUAACUCAAAGUCUUAUUGUUAAUUUAAAUGCAGCAUAUCGUGAAAUAGCUGUUUUACAAUCGGAAAUAAAUGCACUUCAAUCAGAAAAUAGUCGUUUAACAUCAUCAAUAUCAUUUGAUAAUCAAUAUCAUCAUCAUCAUAUUCCGCGUUCAUAUUCAAGAGAUAAUUCAAAAGAUUCAAUCUAUAGUUUUGAUCAAAUUAAAUCUAAUAUUCGUCCACAACCACGUUCAAGAUUUGAUGAACAAUUAAAACAACAAAAUCAACUUUUAACAACAAACCAUUUAUUUGAAAAUUCAAGUAAAACAUCAUUUAAUAGUCAAAGUACGGGAAAACAAACGGCUAUUCAAGUCGAGGCAACUCAUAAGGAAACAACACCAAUUAAACAAGAACGAACUACAAAACUUUCUACUGAACGUUUAUCUUCACCAAAACCGACAUAUAUUCGUUCAAAACAAAUGUCUUCUAUUAAUGAUCUUCCAAGUCAUCAUGAUCAUUCAAUAAAAGAUGAUCUCUCGAAAUCUUUUCCAAUUUAUCGACGACCAAUAUUAAAUGAUAAUGAAAAUAAUCAAUUAUAUAAUUAUAAACAAAAGCGAGAUCAACAAUCAUCAUCGUCAUCAUCAUCAUCAUCAUCUGCCAAUGAUUACCAACGAAUGCAACAGGAUACAUUGAAAAAUGAUAAUAGUGAUGAUGAACAAAAAUCAAAUGAUUUUGUAGCCACUAUGUUUAAUACUCAACCAUCUGCUUAUUAUACAUCAAUAACUCAAGAUAUGGAAAAUGUUGAUUUACAAACACUUGAUCUACAAGUUAAGUCAAUAAUGGUUCAAUUAAUUCCAUUUAUGCGAUUACGUAUAGAUGAAGUUUUUAAUCAAUCAACUCUAAAUCAUAUACGUGAACGUAUUUUAUUUUUAUUUAAACAACAACCUGAUUCGGCUGAGUUAAUACGUCAUUUUCAAAAUCCAUUUUCUGAAUUAAUUGAAAAAACAAUUGAAAAAUAUUGUGGAACAAGUAUCCGUGACUGUGCUGCUGAUCUUAUUCGUGAUAUAUCUGAUGUUGCAUUUGAUGAAUUAGUUAAAUAUAAAAUAUAUGAAAAUAAAAAUAAUUUACAAACAAAAAAUCAUACUGAACAAAAUACAGAAUUAUUAACUAAACAAGAAGAUGAAUAUGCACAUUUGUAUGGUCCAUCAGCGGCAUAUUAUACACAACAAGUAUCACCAAUUGAUGAUGGAGAAAAUGAUAAUAAAUAUCAAAUUGAAUUAGCCGAAUCGGAAGAUCGACCAUUAACCUUAAUCGGUAGUGAUGAAGAGGAUAAUGAUGCUGAUCAAGAAGAAAAUACAGAUAGUGAAUUAGAAACAGCUGUAUCACGUCAAGAAACAUAUUAUCAUGAAGAUGAAAGUCCAAUACCAACUGAUAUUAAUUCAAAUGGACAUGAAUACGUUGUUGUUAAUCAUUCAACAAGUAAUAAUAUUGUGCCUGAAAAUGAAGAGCAAAAGAAUGAUGAUAAGAAUGAGGAAAUAAAUAAUUCAUAA